AUGCAAUACAUUUUGCAUUAUAUACCCAAUGCAUUUCCCAAUCAAAUACAUACCAAUAAUAAUAUAAACAUCACAUCGUUUGAACUGAAAAUUAAUACGAAAAUCACUUUGAAAUUAGUCAAUGAACACUUUCGUAACAAGUUGACAGUCGUUCCAUGUCUUAUUUAUAAAUGUUAUCUGGAUAACUUCAGACUGAUCCAUCAAUGA